CCCAGAGCCCUUUAUUACAGGGCUAAGCUACCAACGCGGUCGACUGUGAACGUUCGGAUUAACCUGCCGAGCCAACCUGUCACGCAACGAGCUCUCUAUCACCGUGGCCCCCAUUCCCAAAUCCCUCUCCCCCGGCGGCCGAUCUGACGGGCAAUGGGGGAUGCCUCCUCUAUCAGCUUACACUCCCUUUGAAUCGCUUCUCUUCUUCCAGUCGCUCGCUACCUUAGAUGCUCGGCCUGCGAGUUUCGCGUCCAUAUCCGAUGUUCUCCGCAACAACCCGUUCAUUCGCCAGAAUGCCGACUUCGAUGCCGGGAGACUCGCCCCGGAAGCCCUCGAGGACCUCUAUGCGACGCUGAUGCGAGAUGGUGUCGACUCAACCGGCGCGGGCGCGGCUCAGGAGCCUAAUGGUCGCCAUGUCGAAAGUCCCACCAAUCCGAAAAAGCGUAAAAUAAUGAGUCCACAGCCAGAUGGGGUGUCCGAGAAGGGUUCGAGCCAUACCAGUGUGAUGCCCACUCUGGUGUCGCAUUUGUACGCUAGGUACAAGGAGCUGGUGACGAGGGAAAUCAGGAACGAGGAGAAGAGAUACACGGAGAUCCGAAAUGAGAUUGAGCGGUUACAGAAGGAGGAACGUGAAGCACAGUUGGAGCCUGUGAUGCGCCCACCACAGCAGCCAACUGCACCCCCGAAGAAGCAGGAACCUGCGCCAGAACCAAUGGACCUGGAUGGGAAGGAAGAAAGACCGAUUCAGCAACCUCCUUUCAUCUCAACCCAGGCAAAGGCUCCGUUGCCGGGCAUGGACAGGAUUCAACUCCAGUCCGCGCCGCAACCCAAAGACCUGCAGUCGGCUACGCAACCGCCAAAAGCUAUGUCGCACCCACCUCAGACAUCGUCAUUGCCCGCUCAACCAACUGGGCAGACACCUAAAGACCCGGCCAGAACAAUCCAGCCGCUUCCACCACAACUGCAGCAGAAAGUGCAUCAGCCUCCUCCCAUCCCGCAGAUGGCGACGGGCCGGCCAUCCCAACCGCAAACACCGAAUGGCAAGGCAUUCCCGGCGGCGCAUGUCAACACCGGGCCCCGGAACACUCCUGCGAAGGCCGGGCCAGUUGGUGUAUCAUUUGUACCGCCACAAAUGCCACCCUCAACUCCAACCACUACCCCUUCAAAUCUCGGUCCUGGACAACCGUCUAGUCCUAUGCCGCCACACCUCGCACCAAACGUUGUCUCUACUCCAAAGCAACUCACACCGACUGGCAAGCCUGCUGCCAGAGUGGGCUCGUCAGCAACAGCGUCUACUCCAGCUCCUCAGCGUCUUCCACCUCAGCCGAGCUUCCAACAAUGGUCUAUACAUCAACCGCCCCAGACACCUCAGCCUCAGCCGACACCUUCAUUUAUCAAGCCCAAGCCUGAGCCGUCAAAUAAGCCUCUCGAGAAGCCUAUUCCAUCAUUCCAGCAACCUAUACCAAGCGUUGAGAGCAAGACGCAACAAGGCCAAUCACCGGCUCCCUUCCUAUCAACUCCGGGCCCAGUACCUGUAGCAGCGUCCUCACCCGCUCUGGGUGCCCCAGCUCUUGGCUUCCAAACGCCAGUAGGGGCUGGGCGAGCUGCAUUGGCCCCAGGUCCACCUGGCUCACGUCCUUUGCGGCCAUCCAUCGACACCACUGGCUCACUCACGCCCUGGAAGAGGACUCCGCGUUUGAGUCUGAGCAUACCCGAUUCUCCUCGGUCACCAGAUCGACCACGGCCGGAGGAGAUCAGUCCCAUCAGCGAAAAGGCUCCUUCUCCGCCUGGAUCCCGCGAAGCCACCCCUGAAGAACCGGAACCACGUCGUUUAAAACGUCGGACGGAUCGCAAGGGUCAUUCAACAAGCUCAGAGCCAAGCCAACCUGCCGUCGAUACCGACACCAAGGUUGGAUGGAAGAGAAAGGGGGACAAGUUGACACCACCCACCCCGAAGGAUCGAGACCGCAGUACGGCAUCAUCAAGGAGUCGCGGGCGGUCCGUGUUGUCGCGGGAUGACGAGUCAACCACGGAAAGCGGAUCUCAGGCCAAAGUCAAGCAUGAGAUGCCCAGUACACCUGCUGGCCUCCCUGAGAGCGCAGAGCCAGAACGCCCGUCCAUCAGCCGACCCGGACGAGGACGCCCGAAACGCAAGCGUGCCCCCAGCGAAGAGGCUGAUACUCCACAGGCUGAAGUCAAUCAACUAAGCCGCGUCGACUCUAAUCAGUCGACUCCUUAUGUGCUGUGUGCGCGCAGUUUUCCACGAACUGGUGCACCCAUCAUGAACGAUGUUACCAUGCACAAACAUGCUUCUAUCUUUGCCAAGCCAUUAGCGGAACGCGAUGCUCCCGGGUAUCGAGACCUAAUCUAUCGACCGCAGGAUCUUAAGUCCAUCAAGUCCGUAAUGUACCAGGGUAGCAAGGCCGUCGCUGCGGCUACUGAAGCUGCUAGCACACCGGCGGGCGAUGGGGAGUCCCCAGCCCCUGGCACCGGGACUCCUUCCAAAAACACCGUCUUGAUGCUACAGAAGACAGAGGAUGUCAUCCCUCCCAAGGGCAUCGUCAACUCGGCUCAGCUGGAGAAGGAGCUGAUCCGCAUGUUUGCGAACGCGGUCAUGUUCAACCCUGUUCCGCAGCGGGGAUUCGGACCGGGGUUCCCCAUGAUCAGCGACAAUGGCUCCCGCGCAAGCACACAGGUGCCCGAGCCGGACGAAGGCGGCAUCAUCAAGGACACAUUGGAGAUGUUUGAAGAUGUCGAGCAAGCGGUUACACGAUGGCGGGCAGCGGAGCGAACCGCCGACGAGCUGGCUAGCAAGAGCAUCCUCUCGCUUCGACGCGGCAGUGCCAGCGAUCCCUUGACGGACAGCGCCGAUGAGAUCAAAGGCUCAUGAUGUGCCGAAUGACGACCUAAAGAAUUCUAUGUAAUGUUAGACACCCAACGGAGCGAUAUGUAGACUUUUUACCCAAAGUGAUAUAUCAAGUUGGCUUUCUAAAAUCCUAUCUAUAAUCAUAAGCUUUUGGUUGUUCCUGUGAGGAACAAUAUGCACAAAAAUCAACAACAAAGAUUAGUUCAUAUACAUCAUG